AUGAAAGGGUUCACUGGAGUAAUUUUGGUUGCCGGCGUCGCUUUUGGCCUGCCGCAACCACCUCUACCUCCUGGGGGAACCGGCUUUAUCGGGAACUACCAGUGUGCUCAGGACAACUGCUUCCGGGCUGUGCUUGCGACCAAUGUCAACCCAAGGGAGCAGGUCAGACGAAAGAGAGAGUGUAGCUUGCUACUGAACACUACUGUGCUUGGGACUCCGACUUCUAUUGUUACACAAACAUGCCGAGCUACGACUUACACUGAGACUGUCCAAGUCACCGUCUACCAGCCCACCACGACGAGUGUCAAGAUUGGGCAGACCACCACUGCUACAAGCGACUAUUCUCCGAAUGCCAGGGAGAACAAUCUGGCCGCCUCGGGAAUGGCAGCACUGACCAAACAUGCUCCUGUACUGGCGAAAAUUGUCCAAAAUGAGCGCGACAGGGGUACGCACUGCUCACGGUGUCUAGCAGAACAGCAGCAAGCGAGCAGCGGCGACACUCUCGACAAACGCCAGCUCUUGCCUACUUGCACCUUAUGCUCCACGCAGCCCGCUUUUAUAGUGCCGCAGACGAGCAUACAGACCGUCACUCAGAGAGCGGUAGGGCCGAAUGUUACGGUCAUCCUACCGACUAGCACGACACAGCCGACCACGACGCAGCAGGUACCUGGAAUAAGCACCAGCACCAGGAUACCUUCCGUCACCGUCACAACAACGUUUACCACGACUCACUCGUACCUGACAGAGACACAUACUAGUACGGUGGCGCCUCCAUCCUUGGGUGUGCCUGUUCCGGUCCCAAUACCUACCAUCCCCAUUCCAUUGCCAACGAUCCCAGUUCCGAUCCCUACUAUAUCUACACCUACCAUCCCGAUACCAACCCAAACUAGUGGUGAAACAUCGACAGUACACGUGACUACAACCCAAACCGUGACUCCGAGCCCCUCGAGCUCCCCGACAACCCCUACUUCCAGCCCUUCAACCAUCACUCAAACCGUCACGGCUCCGCAGACGAGUACGACUAAGUCCUUUCCAGUCCCGACCGACACUCCAUCCAUGCCGUCAAACACACCAACACCCCAACCCACCCCGCCGCCGGCCGACAAGGGCGACGAGUUCGCCCUGCUGGUGAUCCCGGGCUACGCGACUGGGCUCUGUGCAAAACCCGAAGACUACGUGUCGGCGUGCGAGUGCUACGGCGUGCGGCCGCAGGUGUCGACCAGGCCGCCGCUGCAGGCGGUAAGCACCUACUGGAUUUACAACACCAUAACUACUACCGCCACCUUCACGAUUCCGGGGGUGCCAUGUCGGUGGAAGAGGGAGGUUUGCGUCCCGUUUGCUACUGAGACAAUUACGUUGAUAAGACGAUGA